UGACAACUAGACGUCCAUCCAUAUAGCAGACUGAACAAUAGUCUCAAUCUAUAUCAAGAAUAUGUCUAAAUUACCUGACCUAUCGAAGAAGGAACCUUCAGCAAAGACUCUGCUGGAGCAUACCAAAGAGGGAUUCAACAAUAUCAGACAGGAACCAUCGGAUCCGGAUGUUAUUCUUACUUCUGGCCCUACAGGAGUCGUAAUGGACAGGAGUAGAGAACCUGAUCAGGAUCUAGACAAAGGCGGUACUCAAACUGUCCAAGCUGAAACACAGGUCUUGUCACAAGGGUAAGUCGCAUUCUGUUACAAGCCAUUCUGCUCAUGUUAGGCAAGCAGCAUUGACUAUUGUUUGGCCUGCCAGGGCAAACCGGGGAGGGAAUUACGCUGGAGUGGAUUAAACGACAGCUUUGUGAUAUGUCAUGUGCGCCUGUAUAUUGUUCGAGGGGCACGUUUAUCAAAAUAGGCAUACUGUCUAAAAGAAUAUGGCUCUAUCGGCAGAUUAUAUAUAUAGAAAAAACAGUGUACAUCCAAGUUUGCCGCACCGGAAUUGUGAAGCUCACUGAGUCGAGUCAACUCGCAAUAUCCAUCAUUCAUCGUAUGACAAUGAAGAUCUUCCAUGCCUUGUAAUAUGUCUGACCAGGCCAGCGAAGCCUGGCCUUUUAUUUUGCCACCAUGAUCUAGAAGAAGCGAUCUCGUGGAAUGAAAACGCUGAGCACUAGGGACCGAAACUGUCUCGGGUUGCG